GGGAGAGGAAGAGAAGUGUGCCUCUUAGUAAAAAGGGGAGGGGACAGACCUGGAAGUCUGAGUUUUUCCGAGCUUGCGAACUGAGAGCCAGCCACUCCAGGCAAGCGGAUCCACCAGGGCGUGAGUCAGGACAGGGAGACAGCGAUCUGAGCCCUCACUCAGCUUGUACCAGGUUGAAAAGUUUGGUGUACCCCCCACCCCCCCCGCCCCUCCUAGCAGCAGAAGGAUGGGAGAAGACGCGCUGCAGGCAGAGAGGAGCAGUGUGGCCGGCCUUCACGAGAGCCAGGACCUGGUGGUACCCAGCCCCAGCCCGGCCCGGUCCUCCCCCGCCCACAGCCUGUCCCGGGCAGCGGGAGGCGGGACCGCGUCCUCCCGGGCCGGUGAGGGCCAGGUCCACGCCAUCACAGUGCUGACCCUGCUGGACAAGCUGGUCAACAUGCUGGACACGGUGCAGGAGAACCAGCUGAAGAUCGAGCGUCGGCAGGCGGGCCUGGAGCUGGCCGUGAGGGGGGUCCAGAACGACGUGAUCAAGCUGUCCAAGAACCACACCUCCACCUCCAACACCGUCAGCAAGCUGCUGGAGAAGUCCCGCAAGGUCAGCCUGCACUCCCGGGAGGUCAGGGACCGGAUGGACAGGCAGGCCGAGCAGGUGAAGAGGCUGGAGGCCAGCCACGCCCACCUACUCAAGAGGAACAACUUCAAAGUGCUCAUCUUCCAGGAAGAGAAGGAGAUUCCCGCCAGCGUGUUUGUGAAGGACCCCGCGCCCUUGCCCUGCGAGGCUAUGGACGAAGUCCCUGUGGACACCAACCGCUCCCAGGAGGAGGCACUGCACACCAUCGAGCUGUCCUCCGACGAGGAGCCCGAGCCAGACAGGGAGGAAGAGGAGGCAGAGCUGGCCGAUGAGCACCUGGAGAAGUCCCGCGCGGAGAGGAUCAAGCGUUCCAGCCUGAAGAAGGUGGACAGCUUGAAGAAGGCCUUCUCCCGGCAAAACAUCGAGAAAAAGAUGAACAAGAUCGGCUCUAAGAUCGUGUCCCCGGAGAAGCGCGAGAAGAUCAAGAAGAGCCUCAGUCACAGUGGCAAGAGCCCCUCCCUGAAGCUGCCCCCACUUACCUUCGGCAUAGGCAAGAAGGGGAAGGGUGGUGAGAGCACCUCUCAGGAGGAGGCCACCCCCACUGUGGAUGCCUCCAUCGAGCUGGCACCCGUCAAUAGCCUGGGAGAAGAGGAGGAGCCCUCCAAGCUGGUGGAGUGCAAGGCAGAGGCCGACUCCGUGGAGAAGGAGGAGGUGCCUAGUCCCUCAGCCAGUGGUGUGGAUGACGAGUCAUCUGUCAAGGAAGAUGAGAUUCCAGAGGGCACUCUGUCCACACCCCUCUCUCAGGAAGACCCUGCCCUGCCCUCCACCCCUCAGCCUCAGAAACAGGAAGAGGAGGUGGAGCCAGAGAAGGAGGAAGAGAAGGAGGAGCUGAUCCAGGAAAAUGAGAGUCACAUAGAGGAGGAGGUGGAGAAAGACCUCGAAGAGGAGAGGGAAAGUGUCACAGAUGUGGAAAAGGCGGAUGAGGAUAAGGAGAACCCCAAGGAGGAGAUGAUGCAGGAAGAGCAGGAGAAUGAUGGGGGGGCAAACGCCCCGGAGAAAGAGAGCCAUGCGGCGGUGGAAGAGAUGGAACACAGCCAGGAGAACUCCGAAGAGGAGAAAGAAACCCAUGAGGAGGCAGAUCAAGAAGGAGAAGAGGAGAAGGAGGAAGAGAAAGUGGGAAAAGUAGAAGUGGAAGAGAAGAAAGAUGGGGAUCUGAAUGUCGAGGGAGAGGAAGAGACCCCUGUGGUGGUAGAAAAGGAGGCAGUUGAGGAGCAGAACCCCCAUAAGGAGAGAAUGAGUCCAGUUGAGGCACCCGUCCACCCUGACAGCCUUAUGGUGCAGCAAUCUUCCUAAUGAGCAUGCUCACCCAAUACUCCACACCCCACUUAUCCCCCCAGCACUGAGGCUGGGCAUCAGCUGUCUAUCCACACACAUGAGGACCUUCCCCUGAAACUCAGGACCCUGAUGACUGUCCUUCCCCUGCCAUUCUCUUUCACAGCUCUCUGCCCCUGAACUUAGCCCAGCCUUCCUGUCCACCUCUCGCUAAUGUUCAUCGAGUAGGUGGUACUUUGCCAUCAAUGUAAAUGUGCAAUUUUAUUUCUGUAGUACUCCAGACACUUUCAGUUUCUUUCUGUGCUCUGGCCACAAAGUGUUUGUGUUUCAGUAAGUCUUGAACCACCAAAGGAUAAAUGCUUUCAGAUUUGGCUUGAGCCCAUCCAGCUUUAACGGUUUCAUUUUACUCCAUGCUGAGGAGAACCACAACACAGAUGAGGAACCAGCAGAGGACCGCAGCAACACUGUUACCACCACCUUGGGAUGAAGUGUGGUCUGAGUUUAUCACAGGACUUUGUGCUGUACAGUAGCUCCUUAGCCAACACUGUCUAUCUAUCUGUCAUUGUCUUUUGGUCUGUCUGUCAUUCAUUGUCUGUUGUUCUGUCAGAAAACACAUGGCCAAAGUAAGCAGGGGGGCUGGGGUGAUAUUUGCAAAAUAUGGCCAGGCUCACACUGUCUGCACAUUUGGCUGGUUGGCACAGCCUCCAGCUGCACACAUUCCAUCUUCUGGACCUCAGAGAACAAACUUGGAACAGUCAAAGGUUCCUGUAUGAUCCUCUAAGUUAAAACUUGUGAUUGCUUAAAGUUAAUGUACAUAUUUGGACUGCAUAUCUCAGCAAUACCAGCUCAAGUAAACACUGAUGGUGCAGAUCUGGUAUUUCCAGUGUGGUCUUGGGCUCAGCUCCAUCUUCAGUAUAUAUGUUAGAACGGAAAAUACGCACAUUUAUCCAUAAAAGGAAAGUUUAAUGGAAAUGACCUAAUUCCUGCUCUCUUUGCUCAGUCUUUUAAAAUAAUUCCACAGGAUAACACUUAUCAAAUUCAAAGGUAUGAAUAUCACAAGCACAGAUGACAUGACUAAGGUGCAGAUUGAAUUUUUGCUCCUUUGACGUUGACAUUGAGGUUGCAAUCACAAUGAAUGUAAGAUCUUUUACUUUCUGCUGAAAAUGGUUGGCCCACUAAGUUCCAGAUCUGACAUUUAAAUCCCUUUAGGCAAAUCUGUCCACUUUCACUAAUCUAUCUUUGUCAGUUUACAAAGUUAUGGGAUGCCAGAGGAUCUGUGAAAGUGAUGGAAUAGUUGAGAGUUCAGAAUUCAGAGGUUAGAGUUUCCCUUUGUUUAAAAGAAAAUUAAACAAAACCUACCACAUGAAAUCAAAUGUACAUUCCCAAUCCUCACCAGUUUUACGGCCUGUGCCACAUUGUCUGUGUGUACAAGAAUGAAUUUUGAACUUAAAAAGCACAGAUCUGUACUGUAGCAUUUAAGUAGUGGUACACUUUCACGUAGAGGUCCAUCAACAAUUAGUUAUUACGUAACUAUAGAAAGCAUGGUUACAUAAGUGGUGCCUCUGGAGAGUCCACAGCAAAAAUACUGACUGGCAGACCCAGAUACAGAUCUCUAGCCUGUCACUUCCUAUCAAACAGCAAGGGGUGGGGGGUAAGGCCUGGGGACACAGAUGGACCCUGCACUCACAGGGUUUGUGGUUUUCUAAUGAACAUGCCUAAUAUGUUGUCCAGGCAGCAUAUGAUCAUGCCAGUCCUUGUAUUAAUGGAUAGCUCUCACUGACUGUGUUUGUAUCAACAAAAGUUCAAGCAGGGCAUUGUCAAUGUCAUUGACAUCACUGUAACAAAACGGACAGAAAGGGACUUUUUUAGUUGGGCUGGGUUGUGAACUUAUUUCAGGAAUAUUUUUUACGAAAGGACCCCUAACAUGACCCUGAUGGUUCCAAGAAUGCAGAAAGAUUCUGCCCCAAAACACUGACCUGGGAUCAGCUUUAGCUUUUUUUUUUCACAGGAGAUAGACAGGACAAGCUGAUCCCGGACUGGUGGGUAGAGGCCCAAGAGGUGCCUGGAGGCACUCUGAGUAUUGGAAACCAGCCCCGUUUUCAGCCACUGGACUUACAGGACACACACCUUUUUGGCAGAGGAGCUACGGUGGCUCAGCUUGAGCCGUGAGCCUGUGUGCGGCUCACCGGGGCAUUGCAGCUCCGCUGGAUCCUCAGAUGUAGAACACUGGGGAAGGAGGAGAAUCCACUAGCUUUGACAAAUGGCUCCCCAGGGAGCUCAUUUUUCAAGCCGCCCUCUGCCGUGAAGCUAGCCAGGCCUGGGAGGGUGAAGGGAAGAGAGGUGCGGCCCUUCCAGACGUAAGAUUGAUGGCAUAGUUUCCACUGUGAGCAGGGAGAGCCUGGGCCCCAUUGGACACAGGUGGGCUGCUAUCAGAGAGGCCAAGGGGGUAGGAGCACAACACUCUCGGCAUCCCUGUAUGGAGAGUGUAAGCGGGGUGCUGCAAAGGGGAAGUGAGAACUAGAGCCGUGAGGCAAUCAGUGCAAUUCUGCUCUACCAUGUUUUCAUCUACAGACUCAUAUUCCCCUGGCUCAUUACACAGAGCCCACUAACCCCCUGUACACAUUCACAUGAGAAAUUAAACCUCAAAAAGAAGAGGUGCUAGAAUGAGCCACAAUGCAAUAAGCCCCCUCAGACAGUGCUUCAUGACAAAUGUGUGGCUAAGUAACUAUUUGGUUGCAUGGCAUGUGAUUACGCAGCUACCUAUGGUGGUAGUUUGGCUGGACAGGUAAAAAUAGAGAGGGUGUUUGUGUUUGCCACACUGCCCCUUGUUUGCACCAGCAGCCAUAUUUGUUGUGGCUGCUGGUGCCAUCACUGAUGUCAUCAGAGAAUCUGUACAAGCAUUCUUUAUCGGUGGACCUCAGCACCCAUCUGCAGAGAUGAGAUAUGGCAUGCAUUGUUCAGUGGAGUUCCGUUCCCAUUGUGCAACUGUUGUUGCAUAAUAGUUUUGUCACAGUUUUGCAGGAACACAUUCCAGGCCUUUACCAGAAAUACUAGCCACAGUUGUGCCAAAUCAUUUAACAUUUAUCCUCAACACAGAGGGCCAAACUGACCCAUGCAUUCAAUUGUUCACUCUUGAGUGUGAAAUUCAUGUGAACUGCUGUGCUUGUACAGUGGAUCAAUGUGAAGAACACGGACCAUUUAACUUAAGUCUGGUAGUACCCAUUUACACUGAUUUCAACAAAGAGAGAUUGGGAGGGUUUACAAAGAGAAA